AGAGCGGGAGGGGGUCAACUGAUAGAGAGGGGGAGUGACAGAGAUACAGAGAGCAGGAGGGAGAGAGCUUUUAAGGGAUUUGUCAGUGAUUUGUAGAAUCUCAGUGGCGUAAUGUUGUGCUUUUUCUACUUUUCCGUGAUUCAGACAUGAAGCUAUACAGUAAAGCCUCGAAAGCUAACGUUUUUCAUAGAAUUUCUGUCAAUUAAACUAAAUUUUCUAUGACAGAAUAAUGUUACUUUUUUAUACAUAUAAUAUCUGAGAUGUUAAGAAAUGUCCUCUAUGCUUAAACAACGGAGACUCCAAACUGAAUAUGAAAAUAGUGAAGGAGUGAUGGAUGAAAUCAAGACUUGUUCAAAUGAAAUGCUCAGGUAAGCAGUCACUUCUUAUAUUUGAAUAUAUAAAUAAUGAUACCUAUUAUACAUACCCAUAGACCUCUUCAAAUGUGCUGUAUCUAUGGAGCAUUUGACACAUUUACCACGUGUCAUAAAAAUUUUCACCUUGCACACUUUUCUUGGUUUUCAACAUCUCUCCGUGAGGCACAUUCUUGUAAAUUUUUAUAUGAAAAUGUACUGUGGAAAUAUUGUAAACUUCUGGCCAGUGUACAACAUCACUGUUUCUAUAUUUGCAGAAUAUAUAUAGAUCAAAUUAUUUAAUUUGUUGUGAGGUUGGAAGGUUUCAUUGAACAAAGAUUAAAUUCUAUUUUGAAAAAAUACAUGAAAGCUUGCAGUAAAACUUGAUUGGUGAAACAUAAUAUCUGCAUAAAUAUCAAUCAAUAUCUUUAGUCGGAUAUGUCUGAGAAAAAGUACCUACACAUUUAAUACACAUUUUCAAUACUGUUAUAACUUAACCGCAUCUCAGCCUGAAACGCAAAUUGUGAAGAAAUUGUUAGCUGGAUGGGCAGUCAGACUGUGGGCUAUUAAUAUUUCAGUAUAUAUUUAGCAUUUAUAUUCUUAGCAUGUCGGGAUAACAUUUAUCAAGAUACGACUACGUCCCUUGCUAAAUUUAUAUUUCUGUCAAGAACAUGCCCCAUAAUUUGCUGUAAUUCUUACUCGUAUGUUUGCGUUAUCUUUUAUUACAGGACAUGAAAAGCAAAUCCAUAAAACACAGUUCCAUGUAUGAUUUAUGAGAUGUUAUCACUAUGCUCUUUGCUGCUCUCUUGGCUGUGUUUUACUUGUCCGACAUUUUUUUCCUGUGCAGAUACACUUUACUAAUUGAAGACUGACUUUGCUGCAGGGUUUGAAUGAGAACCGUGUUCAAGUCUAGGAGCAUUAGAUAUUUUUUGAAACAGAUUAACACUUUUUAAAAAAAAUUUGGAUGCCCAUUUUGAGAUUGUAAUUAAGAAAUAAGGUGGCAUGUACUUUGUCCUAAACACAUAAUGUCUGGUUGUACAGUAUACGCCAGUGGUUGUACAGUAUACUGCUGCUGUGGUAGUGAUACAUACAGAUACAUUUCUAUGACAAACACUUUACUCACUUAGUGACGUAAUAAAACCUAUAACUGAUCAACCGAAGACCAACAUCCAAACUGUUCACAGGCAUCAAAGGUAGAGGGAGACGAACGGUGCUUUAACGCUGGACACAGGAACGUUUUGUGGCCAGAACCAUGACAUCACGGUGCCACGCGUCCCGGCUCUGCUGUUGGUUUCGUCCGCCGCUUGGGUGUCAUGUGACAAUGUUGCCCCGGUUACUGUGGAUGCUGCUUCUGGGUCUAGGUCCGCAGUCGUGGGCUCAGCAGGGCACCCAACCGCACUCCAUCAAAAUCGAGGGGGACAUCACACUAGGUGGCCUGUUCCCAGUGCAUGCCCGUGGGCCAGCCGGCGUGCCCUGUGGGGAGAUCAAGAGGGAGAAGGGGAUCCACCGUAUGGAGGCCAUGCUGUACGCCCUGGACCAGAUCAACAGUGACCCCGACCUGCUUCCUAACAUCACCCUGGGGGCACGUAUCCUGGACACCUGCUCCAGAGACACCUACGCCCUGGAGCAGUCGCUCACCUUUGUCCAGGCACUCAUCCAGAAGGAUAACUCGGAUGUGCGCUGCUCCAACGGUGAGCCACCCAUUAUUCCCAAACCGGAGAGGACGGUGGGAGUUAUCGGAGCGUCGGGCAGCUCCGUGUCCAUCAUGGUGGCCAACGUGCUGAGACUGUUUGCGAUCCCCCAGAUUAGUUACGCGUCUACGGCUCCAGAACUGAGUGACAAGAGUCGCUAUGAGUUCUUCUCCCGCGUGGUCCCUCCUGACUCCUACCAGGCCCAGGCCAUGGUGGACAUCGUCAAGGCGAUGGGCUGGAACUACGUUUCUACACUGGCUUCAGAGGGAAACUACGGGGAGAGUGGCGUUGAUGCCUUCCUCCAGAUAUCUCGAGAGGCAGGAGGUCUGUGUAUUGCCCAAUCCAUCAAAAUCCCUCGAGAGCCAAAACCGGGAGGAUUUGAUAAGAUCAUCAAUAGACUGAUGGAGACCUCUAACGCUCGUGGGGUCAUCAUCUUUGCAAAUGAGGACGACAUCAGACGUGUCUUGGAGGCUGCAAAGAGGGCCAACCUGACAGGUCACUUCCUGUUUGUGGGCUCUGACAGCUGGGGGGCAAAGAUCUCACCCAUUUUGCACCAGGAGGAAGUAGCAGAAGGGGCAGUCACCAUCCUUCCGAAGAGGGCUUCUAUCGAUGGGUUUGACGGCUACUUCACCUCGAGAUCAUUGGAAAACAAUAGACGGAACAUCUGGUUUGCUGAAUACUGGGAGGACGACUUCAAAUGCAAACUAACUCGACCAGGUAUCAAGUACGAACCUGGGAGGAGAAAAUGUACAGGUGAAGAGAGAAUCGCUCAAGACUCUCAGUACGAGCAGGAAGGGAAGGUCCAGUUUGUCAUCGACGCGGUGUAUGCCAUGGCUCAUGCCUUACACAGCAUGCACAGGGACCUCUGUCCCGGAUCCAUGGGCCUCUGUGAGAAGAUGGACCCGGUGGAAGGGAGGAAGCUGCUCCAGUACAUUCGCUCAGUCAGCUUUAAUGGCAGUGCAGGGACUGGUGUCAUGUUUAACGAGAACGGAGAUGCUCCUGGUCGCUAUGACAUUUUCCAGUACCAGCUCUCCAACACCACAAACCCUGGCUACCGAUGUAUCGGGCAGUGGACAAACCAUUUGCGACUCAAUGCGGAGGAGAUGCAGUGGUCGGGGGGGGACAGUGUGGUCCCUGACUCUGUGUGCAGCUUCCCCUGUGAGCUCGGCGAGAGGAAGAAGAUGGUAAAGGGCGUGCCCUGCUGCUGGCACUGUGAACUGUGUGACGGGUAUCAGUACCAGCUGGACGAGCUCAACUGUAACAUGUGUCCUUUCGACAUGCGCCCCUUCCCCAACCGGACAGGCUGCCGUCCGACCCCCAUCAUAAAGCUGGAGUGGAGCUCCCCCUGGGCCAUCAUCCCCGUGUUCCUGGCGGUGCUGGGCAUCCUGGUCACCUCUGGCUGCAUCGUCACUUUCAUCCGCUUCAACGACACCCCCAUCGUCCGGGCCUCUGGCAGGGAGCUCAGCUAUGUUCUCCUCACGGGCAUCUUCCUCAUCUACCUCAUCACAUUCCUCAUGAUCGCAGAGCCCAGCGCCCCGGUGUGCGGGCUGCGCAGGAUUCUGCUGGGCCUGGGUAUGUGUAUCACCUACUCGGCCAUGCUCACCAAGACCAACCGCAUCUAUCGGAUCUUUGAGCAGGGCAAGAAAGCUGUCACACCACCUCCGUUCAUCAGCCCAGCCUCUCAGCUGAUCAUCACCUUCAUACUGGUUGGUGUACAGCUGCUUGGGAUUAUAAUCUGGUUCGGCGUGGUGCCGCCGCACACCAUCAUAGACUACGACGAACAGCGCCCUCCCAACCCGGAGUUUGCACGCGGGGUCCUGAAGUGUGACAUGUCCGACCUUGCGCUGGUGCUCUGCCUGAGCUACAGUAUCGUGCUCAUGGUGACCUGCACGGUGUACGCCAUCAAGAGCCGAGGAGUGCCGGAGACCUUUAACGAGGCCAAGCCCAUUGGCUUCACCAUGUAUACCACCUGCAUCAUCUGGUUGGCAUUUGUGCCCAUCUUCUUCGGCACAGCGCAGUCCACUGAGAAGUUGUUCAUCCAGACCACCACCCUGACGGUGUCCAUGAGCCUGAGCGCCACAGUGUCCCUGGGAAUGCUGUACAUCCCUAAAGUCUAUGUCAUCAUCUUCCAUCCGGAGCAGAACGUGCAGAAACGCAAGCGCAGCUUCCGGGCCGUGGCUACCACAGUGACCACACAACUGUCCCAUAAAGAGGACAAGCAGAACGGAGAGUCCAAAGGUAGUGCCAUAGUGCCUGACCGAUCACAGUGAGGGAAGAGGUGGGUAUGACACGUGACAACUAACAGACGACAGCUUAGAGUGGUCUCGCUUUGCAAAGCACUCCACAUGCGAAAAAAGGGGGCCAGCUUUUGAUGGAUGGUGAAGAUGGCUACACGGUCACAUCACGUGGCUGGAAUGGAAGACAGGGAUGCCACAUUUCCUGUGGUCUGAAAUAAACACUGACUUGACUAUAAAUGGACCCUGCGGAAUACCUCAGAGACCAUGGCAAUGAAUUUGCCCUCUUUGGUUUCUCUCCUCAGGACAGUUAAUUGAAUGAACCGUUUGGCAACUGAAUUACAUCAAAGGUCGGACCUUUAAGAACAAUUAAGCUUUGCUGUUUUCUUCAUUUACCAGCACUGCAUGGGUUGUGUUUUUGUCUACAUUAUAUGAAUGUUUCCACAGUAUUAUUUGUAUGGGUGUUAAAACUGACUUAUUUUUUACUAAUUAUUCACAUUGUAAGGAGCUACUGAAACUUUUUUAGGCACCAAUAUAUCCUGUAAUAAGGUUAUUCAAAAAACAUACUAGUAAAGAAAAAACAUCUGAUUACUGACAUUAAAACUGCCAGAUCAAAUCUAUUGUAUGGUACCACUUUAAUGUUAUAACAAUACUUUGCUUCAGUUUAGUGUUCAUUGAUCUAGCAGUAAUGGCUUGUAAGUUGCUACUCUUUAACCAAGCAAUGGUUCUGGACAUUAUAUUGUGUUCUGCAUUAAGUUGAUAGUAUUGCAACCACACAGACCCUAGGCGACAUGUCUUUAGAUUGUUCAGGAUCGUCUUACAGGUGUGCUCGUGUUUGGGAUUUUGAGGACAGUUAGGGUAAAUACUAUAUUUAACUGAAUAUACAAUGCCUGGAGUUUCAGCAUCAGUUAUCACCUUUGUUCUUCAAUAAUGUGCCAAAAAAGAACUGGUUUGUGUUAUUAUAUUCUUAAUACACCUAUUUGAAAACAAAUACUGUGACACCAGUAUGGUCCACAAAAUCCUGAUUGGCCAAAUCAGUGGAUCACAGACAUCUACCACUGACUAUGUGCUGACAGGUAGAGUUUGGGUUUUUUCCACACUGAAAAGUGCCAACAGUUCAGUUGCAACAUUUUUAAUAUAUGUAGUACUUAUUUUUACUGUCCAGGUGUUGUUAGAGCAUGGUGCUUGCAAGGCCAGGGUUAUGGGCUCAACUCCGAAGGGAGGGGGGGGUGACAAAGUAUGAAAAAAAUGCAUGCACUCACCACUUUCUGUAAGCCACUUUGGACAAGCCUGCUAAAAAUAAAAAUGACAAAUCACUAUC